AUGACAGAUACAACAAAAAACGAUAAAUAUAAUUUAAAAUUAAUAGAUUCAAUGCAAAAGGAAGCACCAUAUGAUAAAGUGUGGAAUUUAGCAUGGCAUCCAAAUGGUGAGAUAUUAGCAACAUGUGCAAAUGAUAAAUAUAUUCAAAUAUGGAGUAAAGAUACAAAUGGUAAAUGGGGAUUAGUUCAAUCAUUAGAAGGUCAUGAAAAAACCGUUAGAAGAGUUGCAUGGUCACCAUGUGGUAGAUUUUUAGCAGGUGCAAGUUUUGAUGCAUCAACUUCAAUUUGGGAGAAAUCAAAAGAUGAAUUAGAAUUUACACAUGUAUCUUCAUUAGAAGGUCAUACAUAUGAAGUUAAAUCAGUUGCUUGGGAUUCAACUGGUACAUUAUUAGCAACUUGUAGUAGAGAUAAAUCAAUUUGGAUUUGGCAAAUGGAAGAUGAUAAUGAUUUUGAAUGUUUAUCAAUUAAUAGUGGACAUGGUCAAGAUAUUAAAUGUGUAUUAUGGCAUCCAAAUGAAGAAUUAUUAGCAAGUAGUAGUUAUGAUGAUACAAUUAAAUUUUGGAAAGAUAUAGAUGGUGAUUGGGAAUGUAUUAAUACUUUAACUGGUCAUGAAUCUUCAAUUUGGGAUUUAGCUUUCAAUAAAGAUGGUGAUAAAUUGGUUUCUUGUGGUGAGGAUAAAUUGGUUUUAUUUUGGAAAUUUGAUAAAGAAAAUGAAAAAUGGAUUAAUAUAUUUAAAUUUAAAAAUGAAAAUUCAAGACCAAUUUAUAGUAUUGACUGGUCAAGUUUAACAAAUACAAUUGUGACUGGUUCAGCCGAUGAUAGUAUAAUAUUUUAUGAACAAGAAAGUGAUGAUACACCAGAUAAAUAUAAAAUAAUAUUAAAGAAAAAAAAUGCUCACGAUAGUGAUGUAAAUUGCACGAAAUGGAAUCCAAAAUUUAAAAAUAUUUUAGCCUCUUGUGGUGAUGAUGGUUUCAUUAAAAUUUGGGAAUUACAAGAUAAAUAA